AUGGCGGCAAGCAAGCCUUUCGACCCCGGUCACAACGACCGGGUAACCGUCAUUCACACUAACUUCAACGGCACCAAGAUCUUGACGGGGUCCAUUGACCACCGUAUUAAGGUCUGGGACCGGGACUCCAAGACCGGAGAGAAGAAGCUGCUUGAUACGUUCACGGCGCACGACGCCGAUAUUAAAGAUGCCAAGUUCCUCUCUCCAACCUUAGGCACCCGCCUUGUCACCAUCGGCAACGACCUCAAAUGUCACCUCUGGAGCGAAGACGCAACUCAAGCGCCCCUGCAAGGCCACCGCUUCCGCCGCGUGGCAACCAUCCAAUCGACACCGCGCGUUCCUUUCGUCUCACUCGAUAUCAAGACCUUGACGACCGACCACAUCACCACCUUCCUCGCGCUGAUCGACCGUCUCGGCCUGCUCAGCAUCUACGAGCCGAGCAAUCCCGACGACAUCCGCGAGUGGACGCUCCUUGACACCUUCAAUGUCUGUGCGCCCAACGCAGUGCCGUCGCGCGGCGACGAAACGAGCUUCAAAGUCCAGUUUGACCCGAAUCCCGCCCCCCUGCCGUAUAUCAUGUCCGUGAGCGAUGAGCGCGAACAGCUCGGCCUCGUAGUGUGCGCGCUAAAUGAGGUCAAGAUCUUCCGCGGCGUGGUUCCUUCAGCCACCGGAACCGACACCGGCAGCAGCGGUGGUGGCGGGGAUGGCAGUAUCGGUGGGAUAGGCCUGGGGAUUGCGGGCGGAAGCGGCGUGUCGAGUACUGGCGGGGCGAACCAUAGGAUCAUGUUCUAUGAAGCGAUCAAACUGCCUGUUCAUCCGGCCUUGGUUAGGGAUGUGGCUUGGGCGCCGUUCAGCGUCAGAGGCACCGAUCGCAUUGCCACGGCAUGCAAGGACGGGGCCGUGCGAGUUUUCGAGCUCGGCGUCGCAGAAGGACAAAAUGCGACGGGGAAUGACAACGGCAACGGGAAUGAAGGACGAAAUGGAACGGAGCAGCAUCAGUCAGCGGCCCAGGGGCGAAGUACCGUGCAGCAACGCCAACAACACCAGUCGAGCCUCACUUCUGCCAUUACUGGGCGCCAAACUCAAGCAUCAUCGACUCAAAUAUCCAGCCAGCCCGGCGGCGCGCGCACGAACUACGACUUCGGAUACCUUACCACCCUCUCUUCCUUUACGACUCUUUCCCAAGCCCACACCGAUGCAUGGUCCGUCAUCUUCGACGGUCAAGGUCAAGUACUAUUAAGUCAGGGAAGCGAUGGUGUUACAAAAGUCUGGCGAAAAAGCGUGCUCAAUGGACAAUGGAUGGUUUUUGCAGGGCAAGAUAUCACAGAAGAUUCGGACGACUCGGAUGGAGAUGACGACGAAGAGGAAGAGGUCAACGAGAAGCUGGGCGGUCUGAACCUGUGA